AUGGUGAAAACACAAUUUGAAAAACAAACCAAGCGAAUAAGGGCAGAUAAUGGAGGUGAAUUCAUAUCAGGCUCCAUGAGAGAUUUUUAUGCUAAGGAAGGAAUCAUAUUGGAAACCACAUGUCGAUAUACCCCACAGCAAAACAGGGUUGUGGAACGAAAACAUAGACACAUUCUUGAUAUCGCAAGAGCGUUGAAGUUUGAGGCCAAUGUGUCAAUCAAGUCUUGGGGAGAGCGUGUUCUCACAGCUAAGUACAUUAUCAAUAGAUUACCCUCAAAGAGACGUCAAGUUUGUAAUGUUGUUCCUUUCUCUGAUAAUAUAGAAAGGAACAAUAGCGAAGCAAGGCUCGAUGAUUUUCUAGGAAACACUAUCGAAGAAAGUGAUGAAUUAACACGAAGGGAGGCUGAUCAAGGUUUACUGAGCGAACCUAAAUUAGACCCGGGUACACGUGAUGAGAACGAGACCACCAUUGAUCUAAACUUGUCUGAAGAUCCAACAGAUCCUAUUACAGAAGACACAACUUAUCAAAUGCAACCCACUGAAGAACACAGAGAUAAAAGAAGCAGGUCUAGACCCAAAUAUCAAGAUGACUUCAUUGUGGACUUGCCAUCUUCGGUAGACCAUGCAUCACCCACCGCCAAUCAACAACUUUCGACGGUACAUCCUAUACUUAAUUUUUUGUCUUAUGAUCAGUUUAGCGAUCCGCAAAAAGGUUUUUUAACUUCAGUUAGCUCAAACCAUGGGCCGAAACAUUUUAAUCAAGUUGUGCAGGAUGUUAAGUGGAGAGAAGCGAUGCAAAAAGAAAUAAAUGCUCUUGAGGAAAAUGGAACUUGGUCACUUGAGGAGUUGCCAAAAGGAAAGUGUGUUAUAAACUCUAGAUGGGUCUAUAAGAUUCAAUAG